AUGCCUCUAGUCCUCUUCACCGGUUUUCCUUCAACUGGUAAAUCUACUAAAGCUCGAGAACUAGUUGAGCUUCUACAGAAAAGAAUCCAAAAUGAUCCUUCUUUAGCUUCCAAGAAUUACAAAGUCAUUUUGCAUUCUGAUGAAUCGUUAGGUAUAAAGCAUUCUGAUUAUUCCACCUCGCAAGGUGAACGUAAAUUACGUUCAGAAAUCUUUUCUGCUGUGCGAAGAGACUUGUCUAAAUCUAAUGUGGUAGUCGUGGAUUCUCUCAACUAUAUCAAGGGAUUCCGUUACCAAUUACAUUGUGAGGUUAAAGGUUCAUCUACUACUUACUGCUUGAUCAAUACAAUGUGCCCCAUAGACAGCAUCCAUGAUUGGAACAAGAAUAGGAAAGACCCCUGGGAUGAAGACCUUUUAGAACAACUAAUCCAGAGAUACGAAGAGCCUAACGCUAACAACAGAUGGGAUUCACCUCUUUUCCCAAUUCUUUCCACACAGGAUAGUAUGGAAUCUUGGAUUGAUGAUAUUUGUAGUGCUCUUUUCCGCACUGCAGCUGGGAAAGGUAGUUCAGAUCACAGAGAUCCUCUCAGCAAGGCAUUACAAGCUCCAAACAAUGCAACAAUUUUAAAACCAGCUUCACAAUCAAAUUUCAUUCAAAUAUUAGAUUCUCAAACUGGUAAUGUAGUCAAAAAGAUUAUGGAUCAUGUAAGAUUAUUAAAUUCAUUGGGUGGUAGUUCAGGUGGUGAAAGAAUUAUUGUUUCAGAAGUUACUGAUAUCAACGAUGAAAAGUGUUGUUUCGUAGAUUUACCACCACAAAGUGUUACUCUACCACAUUUACAGCGUCUAAAACGUCAGUUCGUCAAUUUCAACAAACUAAGAGAUCUUGACCAAGAUCGUAUUGUACCUCUCUUCGCAGAGUACUUGAAUAAAAACUUAAACGAUUAA